GUGAGGAAGACUCGGCGCAGCGCCUUUGCAGCAUCGCCGUCACAGCGUGAACACACAAACACAAACGUACACGCACACACGCGCGCGCACAGACAGAGGGUGGGGGGGCUGCUGGUCCAAAAAAAAAAAGAAAAGCGAACGCAUUUCCUCCAAAGCUGACUGCAGGCCGACGACAACAAGCUCGGCUUGUCCCGGAUUCCCUCUAGGAUCUAUUCUUCCCUGUUGGAGACCCUCUCCACCCCCCACACCCAACAGCCAUGGCAGAUGAUGCGGACAUGCGCAAUGAGCUGUCAGACAUGCAACAACGUGCUGACCAGCUCGCCGAUGAGUCACUGGAGAGCACUCGUCGUAUGUUGCAGCUGGUGGAAGAGAGCAAAGAUGCCGGCAUUAGGACUUUGGUCAUGUUGGACGAACAAGGAGAACAACUGGAGCGCAUCGAGGAGGGAAUGGACCAAAUCAAUAAGGACAUGAAGGAUGCAGAAAAGAAUUUGAACGAUCUAGGGAAAUUCUGUGGUCUUUGCUCCUGUCCAUGUAACAAGAUGAAGAGCGGUGCCAGCAAGGCCUGGGGGAACAACCAGGAUGGGGUGGUGGCCAGUCAGCCAGCCCGGGUUGUGGAUGAGCGCGAACAGAUGGCCAUCAGUGGAGGCUUCAUUCGCAGGGUAACAGAUGAUGCCCGGGAAAACGAGAUGGACGAGAACCUGGAGCAGGUGGGUGGUAUCAUUGGAAACUUGCGCCACAUGGCUGUGGACAUGGGCAACGAGAUCGACACUCAGAACCGCCAGAUCGACAGGAUCAUGGAUAAGGCUGAUUCCAACAAGACCAGGAUCGAUGAGGCCAACCAGAGGGCCACAAAGAUGCUGGGCAGUGGCUAAACACCCUGCUCCCCCCCCCACCCCCCACCCAGCAUGACCCGUCCCCGGUGUACGGCGCCGCACGUCAUCAGACGCCGGACAUGCUUUCAAUAUGCUAUUGACCUUCUCGGUUUGCACACAUGCACAUAUCACCUCCCCAUUGUAAAUGUCGUUCUGUGUGUUGUUUGUCGAGCUUUUUCAAGAUGAUUGUCCUCGUAAAAUGAUCAUUUCUUAUACUCCGUACAUCAUUCUUUCCAAAGGUUGUAUAUAGUGCUGAGUUAAUGGCGCUCUGGCUCACCUGUGAAGUUUUUAUUCUCGAGACACAUACAUAUAUAUAUAUAU